AGAAAAGUUCCUUGCCACUUGAAAGCACAAGUACAAAACUACCAUUAACAAUGCAGAAGAAAGACGGCCAGGCAAACGUAUUGAAAUACGUUAGUUUGGUAACACUUACUCUCCAAAAUGCCAUAUUAGGAUUGAGUAUGCGUUAUGCCAGAACUCGAGAAGGUGAUAUGUUCCUGUCUUCAACAGCUGUGUUGAUGUCUGAAGUAGUCAAGCUAAUGACUUGCCUAGUUUUUGUCUAUCUAGAAUCCGGAGGAAUGGUGCAAUUACUCCAAACUUUGGACAAGCAGAUCAUCAAACAGCCUAUUGAUACUCUGAAAAUUUGUAUUCCUUCUUUUGUAUACCUUGUACAAAAUAAUUUGUUGUAUGUUUCUGCAUCACAUUUGGAUGCAGCAACUUAUCAGGUAACCUAUCAACUGAAAAUCCUCACAACUGCCCUAUUUUCGGUAUUUAUACUAAGGAGAGAACUUCUCCGAACCCAAUGGAUCUCACUCCUCACCCUCGUAAUAGGAGUCGUCUUAGUACAGCUAGCACAAUCGGAUGACAAACCAUCAACCACCGGCCCAGAACAGAACCACUUCAUCGGGUUCAUGGCAGCUCUGACUGCCUGUUGUCUGUCCGGUUUCGCGGGAGUUUAUUUCGAAAAAAUGUUGAAAGGUAGCGAUGUAACUGUGUGGAUGAGAAAUGUCCAGCUUUCAUUUUGUUCCGUGCCAUUCGGACUGUUGUCUUGCUACGUUUACGAUGGCAGAAUAAUCAGAGAAACUGGGUUUUUCUUUGGUUACGAUAAAUUUGUGGCUUACCUGGUUGUGCUGCAAGCUUGUGGAGGGCUGAUAGUUGCUGUAGUUGUGAAAUACGCAGAUAACAUCCUCAAAGGUUUUGCCACUUCUUUAGCCAUAGUUAUUUCCUGUGUAGCUUCAAUUUAUUUAUUUGAUUUCGAAUUGUCCAUGCAGUUCACUCUUGGUGCUGCUUUUGUGAUAUUCUCCAUAUUUUUGUAUGGAUACAUUCCCAAGAAGCCUGUUAUAACUGGGCCAUACAAGGUGUAGUAUUAUUCGGAACAAUGAACUGGUGCUUUCAGGAUAUCAUGUUGAUACUGUGUUAG